AUGACUGAUAUAAACUUAAGAGAUAACUUUCUUAAAUAGCAUAAAUUCAUCUCCAUGUUCAUAUGUUAUCCAAUCAAAACUAUCAUUAGAUUUUAAUAAAAGCAUGGAACACUUUUAUAAGAUUCCUUGAAAUUGAUAUAUAAAGAAGGAGGAUUCAGACGAUUUUAUAGUGGUAAUUUAGUAUGAUUUUCAAAGGGUUCUUUUAUAGAUAUAUUAGUAAAAGUGCUGAAUUUGUAGUGCUUCUAGAAGCUUUGAAUUCAUGGUCAAACAUUACAAAGAAUAAUGUUAAUCCAAUAAACUUAUUGUUAUCAUUUAUGAUGGGAAUUACAAUACAAUACACUUUUCUGCCAUUCAAUUCUUUAUAUUACUUUUAAUAAGUUUAUGGACAUUCUGAUGGAAAAGAGCUUUUAUUUUAUAAAGUCAAAUAAAAUGGUGCAUCUGUUUUCUAUCAUGGAUUUUGGUCUUUUUUACUAGGAAGUUUAUCUGGAAGUUUAGGAGCAUUUCCAGCAUUGUAAAAUUACUAAACAUAUAAUAAUCAAGAGGAAAAUAAAAAAAGUGAAUAUUGUCUAUUUUAUUUAUAUUCUGCUUUUUUAACUGCGGAAGUAAUUUCAAAUCCAUUUAAAAUCCUAGCCAUUUAAAGAUUAACUAGUAUAGAGUGUAAAUCCUAUGCAUAAAUUUAUAAUUAAUUAAUGAAAGAAUAAGGCUAUCAAUGGAUUUUUCGCUCUAUAGAUACUAAACUUCUUUAUUCCUUUUUAAAAACUUCAUUUAUUGUUUAUGCCUAUGAUUAUAAAAAACUUUCAAGAGAAAUGUGA